UGAAGUACAAUUAGUACUUGAUCAACUUUUAAGCACUAUAUAUAUUGCUGAUUUUAUGGACUAUUUCAAAGAAUUGGAAGGCAAAAGACUGCAUGAUCACUCUGAAGCAAAGAUGGCCGCUAAAACUACAAGAAGGCGUAUAUUUGUUCCUGGGCCGGUCAUAGUUGGAGCUGGCCCUUCUGGUUUAGCUGCUGCUGCUUGUCUCAAAGAAAAAGGUAUUCCCAGCUUGAUCCUUGAAAGGGCUAACUGCAUAGCUUCGUUAUGGCAGCUUAAGACCUACGACCGCCUCCGCCUUCAUCUCCCCAAGCAGUUCUGUGAACUCAUACUCAUGCCCUUCCCUUCAGAUUUUCCCACUUACCCAACCAAACAGCAGUUUCUGGCUUACCUAAAUGCUUAUGCUGAACACUUUGAUUUGAAGCCUGUUUUCAAUAUGACAGUGGUGAGUGCAAGGUUUGAUAGCAGAUGUAGGCUUUGGUUUGUUAAGGCUUUGGGGUUGAAAAAUGAGGAGACUGAGUAUGUUUGUCAAUGGCUGAUUGUUGCCACCGGUGAAAAUGCUGAGGAGGUUGUGCCGGAAUUUGAAGGGGUGGAUGAGUUUGGGGGGCCUAUUGUUCACACCAGCUCUUACAAGAGUGGUGAGUUGUUUAGGGGAAAGAAGGUUUUGGUGGUUGGAUGUGGGAAUUCAGGCAUGGAGGUGUGUUUGGAUCUCUGCAACUACAAUGCAAGCCCUUCCCUCGUUGUAAAAGAUUCGGUGCACAUCUUGCCGCAAGAGAUACUGGGAAUAUCAACUUUUGGAUUGUCCAUAUGGUUGCUCAAGUGGUUCCCCAUGCGCCUUGUGGAUCAUUUUUUGCUUCUUGUCUCACGCCUCAUGUUUGGUGACACUGCCCAGUUUGGCAUCAACCGCCCAGAGCGUGGCCCUCUCGAGCUCAAGAGCAUGACUGGCAAGACACCUGUUUUGGACAUUGGCACACUUGCUAAGAUCAAAACUGGCCACAUCAGGGUUUGCAAGGCAAUAAAGCAACUAAAACAUCAAGCUGUGGAGUUUGUAGAUGGGAAAGUAGAGAAUUUCGAUGCCGUCAUUUUCGCAACGGGGUACAAAAGUAAUGUAACAUCUUGGUUGAAGGAAACAAACAUGUUUUCAGAAAAAAAUGGAUUGCCUAGGAAGCCCUUCCCAAACGGAUGGAAAGGGGAAUGUGGAUUGUACUCAGUGGGGUUUACACAACGUGGACUGCUGGGCGCUUCUCUUGAUGCAAGAAGGAUUGCAGAGGACAUCGAGCAUAGCUGGAAAGCUGAGGACACAGCUUGUGCACUGCCACCAACACCACCACCACAGCCCUGAUUAUAUUAAGCAAAAAUAACCUGCAUAUCAUAUACCGGCGGUGAAUAUCGAAGAUAAUUUAUAAAAAAACAAAAUUAUUGAUCACUUUAUAUAUAUGCAGCUGCCUUUGACAAGACCGAGGAAUUUGGUUCCUUUGCUAGCUACCCCAGUAGAGCGAAGGAAGAUAAGAAAAGAAAAGAAAAGAAAGCAAAGAAAAAGAGAGGGGAAAAAAGGUUGUGGGGUUGAAAAUGGAAGUUGGGUUCCAAUUCCAAUCAUUCAAUUAUAAUAGUAUGCCUAGGGGGAUGUUGGGUGCAACAAAAAGUUUAAUGCUUCUUUUGGGCU